UAGGCUCCUGUGGCGGCUGCAGCCACAUGGAAGUUGAUGAUGAUUCUGUUUUUAUUUUCGACGUCAAGCUAGGUAAGCGUAGGGUGAGUUCGCUUUCGUUUUUGUAUUUGAUAUAGCAAGUACUUACAACCUCGCCCUCAUAACACUGUCCCUUUUGACUAAAGUCUAGUAUGGCCGUCCUUCUUAUUGCUUAAAUUCUAUCCCAUGUGAGCUUUUUACCAGUUUUUUGUCACGUUUGAGUUCUUCGUGCUAUUCUUGCUCUUAACGUCAAUCAGAGGAUCAUGUCGACGCCAGAAAAGAAGAGCAGUCCCGCCGAAGAUCUUUCUGCAGUAGAUGCAGAUGGAGCUGCGGCUCCUGGCGUACCGCAAGAGGAACAUCAAGCUGAGGAAGUAGAUCCGAGUCUAAAUUUGCUCUCAAAUACUAACCAGGAGGAGGAACAAGCUGUGGACUACUACAAUCUUGAUUCCAAUGUGGACACGACGCAAGCGCAGCAGCAGGAGCAGCUUCAAGAAGGGCUACGCCAGCAAGGUCCCCCUAGUCCGACGUCGCACCAUGCCUCCUCUCCCGGAGGUGGAUCCCCGGAUCGGGGCAGCGUGGUGAGCGGGUUUGAGUCCAUGCUCCGGCAGUUGCAGGAGGGAGUGCAGGGUGACUCGGACGAGCUGGAGGAAUCCGUGUCCGAUUCUCAAGAACUAUCGCCAGAAGAAGACGAGGAUGACGACGGAAACAUGAACGAAAGCGACGAAAACAAGUUCACAACUGAGGACGAGCGGAAUUUUCUGCAGCUGGCUGGCAUGCAAAAUCCACAGCUCGUUCUCCCGCCGGGUACUAUGGUCAAUCCAGGAGGACCAGCAGUUGGAGUUGCCCCCCCGGGAUCUCCACCGGCGCCGCUGGUGAACUUCGACCGCUUUCACUUUUCCGCCGAGGACGUGCAGCGACGAGAGUCCGUGUUGUGGGCCCGCAUCAACGAGUUAGAGAAAGAGUUGCAAGUUUUGCAACUGGAAGACAUCAGUCAACAGGGCGGCAGCAGCAAAAACACGACGGAGGAGCACGUGGUGGCUGGAGGCGCUCCAGGAGGACGGCGGAGCGGUUCGCUCCCAGGGGAUAAGAGCGGGGGAAGAAGUAGCGGUCCGAAGCAUGCUUUUGAUAACGCCGAUGAAGACCACGCCCUGCGGCAGCAAAUCGCCAGCACCGGAGAUCAGAUCGUCGGCGUAGAUCCCAUGGGUAUUCUUGCACAACUUCUACGCUAGAAAUUUAUAGAGUGCAGUACAAGUACAGUCAUGUAAUAAAAAUCCAUCCUUUAUCGCUCGGUUUUGAACUCGUAGCCGUAGGCACCUCCAACAUGCUUAGUUCUCCAUUGGCCCUGCUAUGCGUUCCGAACAAGAACUUCGCCGCAUUUCACUUAGAGACCAGACGUCAAAAAUAGACAUACGACAAAGCAAGAGCAACCCUUUUUAACUAUACAACCAGGUGGCUUGAUGAGCAGUCCGAACCGGGAGCACUUGUUGUUGAAAGACCAGCACCCCGUCUUAUCGCAAAUCCAAGAAGAGCAGAGCGGCCUCGAUCAAGACUACGACGCUAAUGUGGGCACCACCUCCGAGUCCGACCUGGCACCCUCCUCGAACAAAAAAGCGCCGGUGAUGGUGGAAAGUAACACACCCACCGACUACCUCCCUGCACCGGUGUACAUGGACGCGGACACCGAUAAGGAGUUGCAAUUGCUGAACCUGCGCAACGGCUUACCGCGGUACGCGCACCGCACGAAGAUGUCCGAUUUGCAGAUCAUGUCGACGGACUUCGGGCCGGCGGCUUCCUCUGGCGGGCCCGAAUCUUCGCAGCUCGUCGUCCCGUAUCCCAGUGCGGCAACGAAGCAGCAGGGAUUACCGACCACGGUCCAGAUGACCACGGGGGGGCUCGGCUCCACCACCGUGCCGACCGACACGGAGGUGUCCCACGCAACGACGAAGCGGUCCGAGGCGGAUCAGGAAUCGCUGCACGAUACUAACCUCAUUUCCUCGUCGAAGGCUGCCUUUGGUAGUACUACAACUAGUAGUGCCAACGUGGUUGACCACAGUGCCGGCCCGGCCAGUACUAGCACCGCAAGGCUCAGGGGUCCACCCACGACCAGCUCGUCCGCUGUUCCCACUAGUUCUACUUUCACGAGCAGCAUCAGUUCCUUGAUGACGAAGCACGAUUUCACGGAGGCGCAGACAUUCAUGCUGAACCUCGCAGUAAAAGCGAAGGAUGAGGCGAUUCAGCAGAACAAUGUGGACCGGCUGACGGUAGAGAUGAAGCGGGAGAAGCAGCUGAAGAAGUAUAUCACGGAAAACUCGAUGCUGAAGGGUCAAAUUAUGCAAAUGCAGCACGAACUUGGCUCCCUCCAAAUGGUGCAACAAAGUCGAGAGGAAAUGUGGUCGAAAACCUUCCAAGACUGCCAAAAGGUACUACAGUUCACUAGGAAAGAACUACCAGCACAAAUUUUUCUUUUUUCUGGUCUACUCGUCAAUGCAGUGUAAGGUGUAUCUAUGCUCUUUGAUGUUAUUUUUUCUUGAAGAAAUCUAUAUCAGCCGCAGGCGCAGCUUUUGAAUUUGAUAAACGUAAACCGUAUUUAUCCACACCAUUGACCACCUCCAGGCUCUCGCCACGAUGCAUUUGCACCACGAGCGACUGCGGCAGGCACUACAAAUCGCGGACCCGCACGCUGCCGCACAAUUGCUUGCGAACGAAAAGCAUUCGAUCAGCGGUUCGCUACCGCCAAUGUCCGUCAGCGGGGUGCCCACGGGAGCGUUCAUUCCGACGCCGAUGUUGUCUGACUUCACGGAAGGCACUAUGACCCAACGCUCGGCGACCGGAACCUCCAAGGCUCGCGGAAGCGCGUCGGUCGCCCCGCAACAGACGCUGACCGGGUAUCGUGGCGGUGCGGCCGGGCUCAGUGCCUUGGCUGUGCAGCAGAGCGCCACUGGAGCGGCGGACGCAGCGAUGAAUAUCGCGGUACCGACAGCCUCCGCCCACAUCCGGCGCGACGUGCUGGUGCAGCCUUCGCGGGGUGGAACAAGCCGCAGCAAUGCCGGCAGUAGGUUUGCGAAGGUCCUUGCCACCCCCUCCGAGCACGUUCCGCCAGCUGGAGGCUUCGGCGAACAGCAGGCUUCCGAACUGAAUACCAGGUCGUUUGGAGGACCAACAGCCUCCUCCACCGAUCAGGGCACUCGACGGUCGGCGAAUGUGCGGCGCGCUCCGGACGAUCAGCAGCCCGUGGAGCUGACGGCAGAGGAGAAGCAGCGGCAACUCGACCGGAUUAUCUCCGAGGUGGUCAAUUCCGCGUCCAGCUCCGCCACGGAAACAGACUCCUCCAAGCAGACGCCCGGCGCAGAUACGGGAGCAGCAGUCGAUUAUCAACAGCAGGCGUCCGCUUCUAGUACCCCGCAAAUCAAUCUCACCGGGGCGGAGAUUGUCGAAAAUUUUCUGCGCGAAAAGCAAGACCGGGCGCAGUUGCGGCAGCUACAGAAGCAGCAAAAGCAGAUGCAGAAGCAGCAGCUGUUGCGGGAACGGGCGGAACGCCAGAGCUACAAGCAACAGCAGCAGAUGGCGAGCAUGCAGCAAUACUUGCAGAGUACCAUGAUGAAUAUGAACACGGCCACUUCCUCUUCCACGUACUCGCAACCUUUGACGGGCGCGACGGAACACCCACAUUUCCCGAGCAAUGCAGGAGUAGUUGUAUCCUCUAUGCUUCCAACCUCCAUUCAGACGCCCCCGCCUCACAGUUACAACAUGCUCCAAACCGCCAAUCCCUAUAGUUUCGAUUACGCCGGGGCCGGGGGCGGGAAGAUGAACAGCCAGCAGCAGUACAAUCCGCCCAGCCGACGAGGAUCUUCCGCGAAGGAAGAACAUCAAAAGGGUAGCACUAGAAGCACGGGAGGAGGUUACCGGCCUCCGCCUUUGGUGAAGCAAGACAGCGUGGAUCGCGCAGCGGCAGAGAUCAUGAUGCAACAGGAAGAGGCCAGUCGCCUGCAGCAGGAGCGGAUCGCGCGGCAUCGGGAGAAAGUCAUGAAGGACCACAACCAAGGGGGGCAGAAGAAGGGAAAGAAGUCCGGCACGGGCUCGGAAAAGAGCUCCCCCAAUGACAGCUUAAACGCGUCGAGUCAGUCCGGGGAGACGGGGGAACAGAGCCGUGGCCCGGCUACGCAUAGUUCCGAGUCCGGAGGAGGCGGUGCACUGGGAGGUGAUCAUUCUGCGCAGCAAGUACAAGCGGGAACGCCGGGACGGCGAACGAACAAGGGUGGUAGCACUAGCAACGUUGCCACGACUCCUCUCUCACCUGGUCAACAACAACGCGGUCCUUCUGCGGCCUUUCCGCUUGGCCAGAAAAGUUCAACGCCUCUCCAACAGGCGGCGGCAUCCACUCCGAACCGGGAUGGCCGAUCCUCGACCUCGAAAAAACCGCUCGCGCCCAGCAGUCCCGACCUCACGGCGACGCAGCGCAGGGACCAGCUGAGCGAGCUGCUUGGGAUUUGGGCGGUCAACAAUACCGGAGAUGCCGCGACUCCCGAGAACAAGCGCUUGGACAUCGCCGUGCCAUUUCUUCCCCCCAGCGCCUACAACAGUGCUCAGUCCGCGCUCCUCGCGCAGUCCGGCGCGCACGCGAAGCAACAGGCCGCUCGGAAUAGCCGGGGCGGAGGAAGCAACAAUCCCGCCCGCCCGCCGGGAGGUGGAGGUGGCGACAAACACGGUCAAGGUGGUCGUCGAGGAAAGCCGGGCAAGGAACGCGGGGCCGGGAAUCGGUCCUACAAUCGCCCGGAAGGAAGUGCCGCCGCGCCGGCGCCGGUGAAUCUCCUUGAGAUGCAGGAAGGGAAUGACGUUGGUGGCCAAAGUUCUUAUACAGACGAGGACGGCAAUUCGCAGGCGGACGGGAAUAACGUCCAAUCUCGCAACGAGUCGAACAGUCUUACCGAGCGGGACCGAGCGCUGAUUGCGAAUUUCGCCCGUCUGGGGGAGCACCAGUCCGCCCCUGGGUCCUCGUCCUCGGGAAAUAAUACAAAUAGUACCUCUCGCCAUCACGGUGCGGGCCGGCACAACGGCCGAGGACGGAGGCGAGACGAGCACGUCAGCACGAUGAAAGGGGCUUCCUCAUCCAGCUCGGACUACCGCCGAGUCCCGUAUCAUGGCCAACAGGGUCCUCAGGGUAGCAGCCCGCACAAGAAGCCGCAGCGAAUUUCGAUGACCGACGCGAGAAACCAGGAGUACUUGCUGCCGCCGCACCAUCGACAGUACCUGGCGUCCAUGCAACAGUACAUGGCUAAUUCGAAUCCAUCCGCGGCCCAGCAGUACAGUAAUUCUAAUUUCAGUGCUGGUUCAAUGUUGAUGAACCAACAUGAACAUGCCGCUUCUCGGCAAGCGCAGCACAUGAAUAAGAGGCCGAAAGUAGCUUCUGGGUCGGGGCACAGACGCGGGAGUAGGGCGAUUCCGGGGAACGGGGGAAAUUCGGCGGCGGCCGCCGCACAAAUGAUGUAUAAUCAGAUGCACGCUGGUGGUCCGCAGAUGGCAAUGAUGGGGGGAUCCUAUUACGGACGCCCAGGUGGUGCAGGUACGGCGAACAUGGACAACGGCAACCGAAAUGCAAUGGCCGGAAACAUGCCGUACCCCCCCGGAUACCGCUGAUAGAUCUACAGUUUCAGUUUGCAGCAUCUGGUUUUCUACUCACUACAAUUGACGAGCAUGUGCUUCGUAUUCCUUUGCUAGAUGAAUCCCAGAGUUAGACUCGAUUGAAUUUGAAAAAAAUGCCUUUUCAUCUUGAAGAUAGUUUCGUAUUAGUCGGCGUUUACUAUUGUCAUUCUUACUGGUAGCUCGUCAUGGUCGCCGGAAUCGUGAGGGACUUCUACGUUCACAACCGGCAGCGUCUACGUCGUCAGUACCGGGGAAAAAACAAAGAUAUUUCUUGGCCUCCAGUGACAAAAAAUUACAACUCUCGAUAAGUACCACGCACACUAGAUAAAGUUUUUACAGAAAAAAGUGGCAGACUACAUGGCACCCUGAGCGGAAAUCUUGCAAUAAUGCAGCUUUCUCGUGUUUAUCUUUAUGAUUCAGCUUCAGGUUUAGAACUCAAUCAUCUUGCUGAAUGAUGAUCAUUAUUGAGCCAGCUAGCUACUCACGCAAAUUUACCUUGUUUGAAUAGAAAAUGAGAAAGUGAACAACGGCUUCAACACUUUUUAGUUUCACGGCAGCCAAAAGUAGCCAGAUUUUUAUUUUCAAGUGCGUUUUUUUCAAUUGCAUUUCUCUUUUUCUUGUCAAAAUUAAAGCUGCAAGUACGUGCGUUUCUUUAUGGAGGCUAUGCUUCGCACGCAGAUUGGCACGACUUCUCUCUGCUUUUUUUUAUCUCGCAUGACUUGCGCUUUUCAAUUUUGGCUUGUUAUUGUUUUGUUUGAAGUUCCAAUGUAAGGCCUCCCUUGCAUCACACGCACGACCACCCGCGGUGGUCGGAGGCAAAAAGUUUUAUCCGUUUUGUUUGAUAUUUUUUUACAAAUUCAAUAAUCUUAAAACAGUUUUCCGUAUCUACAGGUUAGCUUUCGCAUAUUCAUAUUUAUCCGUAUUCGGUUUCGCCGAGCCCGAGGAUGAGCUUUACCAUUGAACACCAUCUUGGAAAUCACAAAAAGAAAUUUUAAUUUCACAUGUUUAUCAAUAGAUUUUGGAAUAGCAUAUCUAUCACUAUCGUAAUUUCGUUUCGCGUUUCACUAAAAGUUGAACAAUUUACAUGUACAAUAAUUUUUCACCUGACCACAAGCUAGAUAGUGGUAUCUCUGGUAACUUUCGAAGAAUAGUUGUCCCUGCUUAAUGUACUGGGACAAGCUUCUGGAAUUUUCUAGACGCUAGCGCAACAGAGGGGAGGAGCAGAAAGCGAAAGUGCCGGUCUAUCUGCCACGAUACAUAUGGGGUCGCUAUUUUUCGAAGUGCUGGUAGUUUCCGUCGCAUUGACACUCACACUGGAACUAGGACCUGCACUUUCUUCGUACAAGUUUCGAGCAAUGUUGCCAAAGAAGAUGUUGUCAGUGAAGCUCACACAGACAGUAAAUCUAUGGUCC